GGCCACUCCAAGCUAAUUAGAUCAGAUCAACACCCCUACCCCACCCCCGCCCGAGCCACCAACACACACCGCCGCGAGCCAAUAAAGCGUGAACCCGUCCGUCCAGCUCGCACUUGAAGACUUCGCGAGCAGCCGCGGGGACGCCAGUCGAGCUAAAGGACGCUCGCCUAGCGCUUCUCCGAUCCCGGUGCACCUGGCAGCACCUGCUCUGCGGACACCGGCGACCUUCGGCGUAGUUGGAAACGCCACGCGUGGUCCCUGGUGCGCUCUUUCCUCAGAACGUGAACACGCCUCAGCGACUCUUUCCUUGAACUGUCCCUACUCCCGCGCCUCAACCCCUAUCCUGUGGAAAAAAAGGUGAGACGACCACCGGAACUCGACUUACGGGAGCGAACCCAGCCGAGCCAGGAGGAACUGAAGAUGCCCCGCGCGUUUCUGGUGAAGAAGCCAUGCGUCUCCACGUGCAAGAGGAACUGGAGCGAGCUCCCGGACGAGGAGCGCGGGGAGAUCUACGUGCCAGUCAGCCUUGGCUUCUGCCCACCACAGCCCUACCGGGAACCAGAGGCAUCAAUAGCUGAGCCCCCUUCUUGCCCCCUGGCUUUGGACAUGAGCCUUCGAGACUCCAGCUAUAGUGUGGCCCCAGGGCCCUGUGUGGUGGCCCAGCUACCCUCUGAAGAUGUGAGCCAUCUGACAGAUCGCCAGAGCAGAGACCAGGGCUUCCUACGAACCAAGAUGAAGGUGACCUUGGGGGACAGUCCAAAUGGAGAUCUUUUUACCUGUCACAUCUGCCAGAAGUCCUUCACCUACCAGCGCAUGCUGAACCGACACAUGAAGUGUCACAAUGAUGUCAAGAGGCACCUCUGCACUUACUGUGGGAAGGGUUUCAAUGACACCUUUGACCUCAAGAGACAUGUCCGAACCCACACUGGUGUGCGGCCCUACAAGUGCAGUCUGUGUGACAAGGCCUUCACCCAGCGCUGCUCUCUGGAGUCUCACCUCAAGAAGAUCCAUGGCGUGCAGCAGAAGUACGCAUACAAGGAGCGCCGAGCCAAGCUCUAUGUGUGUGAGGAGUGUGGCUGCACAUCCGAGAGUCAGGAGGGUCAUGUCUUACACCUCAAAGAACGCCACCCCGACAGCCCACUGCUGCGCAAGACCUCCAAGAAAGUGGCUGUGGCCCUGCAGAACACUGUCACAUCCCUGCUGCAGGGCAGCCCCCAUCUCUGAGCGGCACAGGCCCUGGGAAGGACCAGGUUCACUUCCCUGCUGCCCAGCCAUCCACCUUCCUGCAACCUCUUGCUAGAACACCAGUGAUCUGGGACCACGCUCUCACGCCUCACUUGCACAAUUAGGCACUGAUUUCUGCUCCAUGUGGGAUGUCUGUCCUACAGGCAGAGCCCACUCUGAGCUUGGAACCACAGAUGCCUGUGUCCAGGCAGGGAUGAGGCCAAGUGAGUAAAAAGAGCUGCUUAUAGAGACAGGCCCUGAUUUCUUGCAGCAGAACUUUGCAGAUGUGCUGAGAGGGGAUCCCCAUGGAGAGCAAAACUGAGACACCAGCAGAGAGCUUCCUUCCCGGCAAACAGCUGCAGCCGGUGGUGCUGGCAGGGGCCCUUGAGCCUGCAGGGCUAACUCUCAGGGUUCCAAGGGCUCUCUGCCCUUUCAUCAGAGGCCCACAUGUGAACAUCCAUGUGCACAUUUGUGUACGUGUCACACUGCUCUGUGUGUGAUUUCUUCAUGUGUGCAUGUGUGCUCACGGUCUUUCCACGUAUCACCUCAUAUAUAGGAAACCAACCACAAGGUGCCAAGGAGGUUUUAUUUUCUUUCUUUUUUUUUUUAAAGAUGACAAAUGUACAGAUAUUAAUAUAUUUUUGGUGCCCACAGUGAGACUGUUUAGUAAGACUAAAAGGGGAGGAGCUGGCUCUUUCUCCACCCCACUGGUACUAUUUAUCCUGGACAUUUCAAACCUCCUCUGUGCCUUGGAUCUGGGGUGGUUAUGCAGACCCACCCUGUUCUCUGAGAUGUUUCAUUAAAGACCUUCCUCCUGCUUUGCCCAGAAGAUGGACUCUUCCUCCUGUCCUUCCCCUAAACAGUGCCUUGCCUCUUUCUUCCUGCCCUGGCUUCACAUCCUUCUCAGGGCUCCAGUCUUUCUGCUAGGCCUGAUGACACUUGACUGGGUGUGGCCCAAGGCUGAGGGUGGGCCCUACUAAUGCUCUGCAAGCAGAUGGGAUGGCGAUUUGACACCAAGUCCAAGUCCAAAUCUCAAGUACUAAGACAAGGGCAACAACAGGUUGGGAGUCUAGGUUUUUUUCUUCGCUAAGUCAAAACUUCUUGAGUAGCAGCAAAAUCUGAGACAGAGUAAUAGUCCACAUACCAGACACUUGGAGAGGCUGUAAAACGUCUCUGUUGUCUCUUUUCUGUUUUCCAAAUGCCUUUGGACCAAGUGGCUCCUCUGAGGGAGCGGGCCUUUGUCCACUGGUACAUCUGGAUAUCCUGCUGAGACCAAAAAAGAGUUGUGGGUCAAAAGGAUGUAUGUCUCAUGCAUCCAAUGAGUUAUAGCCAACCCACAGAGAAUAAGAGACUGAGCCCCAAGACAGGCCAGAAACAUGGCAGGCUGGGAAGCCCCUGAAUGCCAAACAGUGCAACCUCCCCUGCCUUAUCAGUGUAGGAUGAAGAUGAACACGGACACAGGAGCUGACCCCAGCUAUGGGCUCACUCAAGAGAAAGGAAUCUUCCUAGACUAUCUCCGAACUAAGAAUGGACUGGUCUGAAGGCUUGUUUCAUUUUCCUUAGUGUGUCUGGCCUGCUGUACUCUGAAUGUAAAAAUCACCAUUCCGAAAGCACUAUGUUUACAUCGCUGUGUCUGGAAGCUCAUUGCCAAUCUGGGGCCAUUAUAAGCUUUGUAUUGUCUGUCUUGUUUUAUAAGCUCCCGUCCAACUAAUAAAGUGAGAGAACUAA